AUGAUGUCCCAGUGCUCCGCGGAGCUCUGUACGCUCUUAAUUGAAGAUAAUUUUGGAGAGCUCUUCGCCCGCAUUUUCUCCGUCCUUCACCGUUAUGAAAGAUUAACGCUUCCUCGGCUUAGAUUCUACGCUCGUCUAACAGAUCGCCAAUUGCAUCAUGGCCUUUCUGCGAUGAUCCAGCACCAUCUUAUCUAUCACUUCACCUCCCUCGAUGACGGCAACACCUACUACGAAGCUAACCCACAAGCUGCGUAUUCCCUCGUGCGUUCCGGGAAGAUUCUCCAGCUUGUUGAAGCUCGGCUAGGAAAAUAUGCGGCACAGGUCCUGGAAGCUAUUAUGGCUCUCGGCCACACCUCGAUCGCCCACCUCGAGACGCUUCCCGAGCUUCAAUCUAUAAAGGAGCACAUCCCGAACGGGACCGACCACGAUGAGAUCAAACAUGAGCAAAAUGGAGAUACUCAAGACGAGACCGGUGUGUCUAACGGCGAUCAUGUUCUGGACGAGAAACCGGCGCGUCUUCACCCCACCUUGAAGGGUCUUGCAUCCCACGGAUAUAUCCAUCGAGUUCGAGAGGCGCAUUUCCAGAGCCCCAAUGACAACUGGCUUGAUGCAUCUCGAAUCAUCUCAUCUAGGCCAGAUGUCAAACAAAUGAAGGGCAAACAACAAGCAGCUGAGAUUGAGGAGAAAGCAAAGGAUAUGGUCAAAGAAAGAACUGAAGGAGAUCUGAGCCGUGGGUUAAUGUACAAUGGCGUCCCUCAAGGUGUUAAAAGGAAACGUGACCAUUCCAACGCGGACUCCAAUCCUCAGACCAUGAGUGGUACCAACGGUGUCAACGGGGACCAUGCAGAUGACGAAGAAGAGGAGGAGAACGAUUGGUCGGAAGAUGAAGAUGGCCUUGACUCAAUUCCGAUGGAUUCUAACCUCAUCGUUCGAGUGAACUACGAUAAACUCGAUGUUGCGCUUCGAAAUGUGAGGUUCCUUGAGCUAGCUGAGCAAGACGCACCUCCUGCAUCAGUUGAGAUUUACGAAUGUCUGCUUCGGCGCAUUGAAUAUCAAACACCCCGUUGUCGAGACUCGUACGAGAUCCCACGCGAAGGAGAAGAAGGCGAACAAUAUUCUGCUCCAAUCCAACUCAAUUUAGUCGUCGAGGAUGUUGACCCGCAUCUGGAUCUCGCAGGGUGUAUUGGCCCGAUGGAACCCACAACUGUGGUCAACCGGCGCGGCAAGCGGCCGUUGGAUGAUGGGACGAAUGGCGUGAAUGCACCUCAGCAUUCUCUCACAACCCCCUUCAACCUCACUACAAAACAUGUCAUCUCUGGCCUCCCGACGUGGCGCGUUGCAUUCCGAGGCCUGGCCCGCAAGCUCCGCCACCUAGAACUGGAACGUAUGAUCGAAUCGCGGUAUGGGGAUGUGGCACUGCGUGUGGUUCGUGUCCUCCACGCCAAGGGCAAGCUGGAUGAGAAACGGCUCCAAGAAAUUAGUCUGCUGCCUUUCAAAGAUCUGCGCCAAACGCUUGCUAGUAUGCAGACUGGGGGGUUUGUAGACUUGCAAGAAGUGCCGCGUGAUGCGCAGCGCCAGCCCUCCAAGACUAUCUACCUCUGGUACUACGAUCCCGAUCGGGUCUGCAGCAGCAUUACAGAAGAUACUUAUAAAGCCAUGUCACGAUGCUUGCAACGCAUUAAGUUCGAACGAAGUCGUGAGAGGGAUUUCCUCGACAAGACGGAACGAACCGACGUCAAGGGUCACGAAGAGGAAUUCCUCUCGGAGGCCGAGUUGGAGCAUCUCCGUAACUGGAAGGCUAAGGAGGCCUUGUUGCUGGCAGAAGUGUCUCGCUUGGAUGAUAUGGUUGCUGUAUUCCGCGAUUAUUGA